AAACAUAACUGUGGUCUGGGGCCCUGGGCCGAGUACAGGAGGAAGUGCUUGUCAAGGGUGGAUUGUGUUGUAUAUUUCGGUUUUUGUUGAAAUUUCUUCAAAAAUAAUGGCCAAAGCAUCGUUAUCAACGCAAUUUAGGAAAGUCGAUGUCGAUGAAUUAGACGAGAAUCAAUUUCAAGACGAUCAGGGCGAGGAUGCAGCAGAAAGCGGGCCGAAUGAAAGCGAAGUGAACAACCUCAUUUUACAGUAUCCUUUUAUACAAACAAAAGUAUUUACGCCAAAAUACGAAUUACUUCACGUUAGGAUUGUGUACGAUCGUGUAGAACAUAAGUAUGGACCUAUAUUUGGAAAGGCUAGUUUUUGGAAAGAUUUUGCACAGUUUUAAUGCUUAUUUUAAAUGUCAAAACAUAAGUUAUACUUAGCAUCAACUCAAUAUCUCACGGGGGGGGGCUUAACUGUUCUCUUAUUGCUUCCUUGGUUAUAACCCUGCUCAUUGCCACAAAGUAUGGGAAUUAAAAUCAUGUUAUUCUAACCUUAACAUGCGAUAAAGGAAAAACAACAAAGAAGCUCUUAAGGCAGUUCUUGGAAACCCACCACUAGCAUCAAAGAAUCAAUCAACAAAGGUUAGUCAUUACAAACUGGUUGAGAAUGUCCAGGAAGCCCAGUUUCAAAGAAGACUAAAUACCAUUGAGACUGACAAAACUAGAAUAAAUAUUUAAAUCUAGUAAAUAUUUAAAUUCUUAUUCCAGGACAAAGCAUUCAGUCUGGUAAUGAGAGUAUUACAGGCGUUUAAAGGAAGCGAAAUUGAGGCGGGGAUAAAAGUACUAGACAAAACCGAAGUGGAUGUUCUAAUGAAAUAUAUUUACCGAGGUUUCGCACAAUCGUCAGACAAUGCAAGCGCUAUUCUCUUGGCUUGGCAUGACAAGGUAAGUUUGGCAAUUUAACAAACCAAAUAUGUCCCCUUUGUAUCGCAAGAUUGCCUUCUGUUAUUGAUGGUUAACUCCAGUCAUCUAUAGAGUUCUCAGGCACAUCCUCAUGUUGUUUUCUGGAAUUCUGGUUGACUUUCCAUUUUUAAUACUUCCAAAUGUAAAGGGUUAAGUGCAAGAUUAGGAAUGUAUUUAAAUUGUUUUCUGAUUUUUUUCCUCAUUGCAUUUGUUGUAGGCUGUCGCAGUUGGUGGAAUCGGGGCAAUUGUUCGUGUUAUGACAGAUAGAAAAACAGUUUAAAAUCUACCCUGUUCAUACCUGUCGGGUUAAAUCUGACUUGGAAAACAAGCAGACAUUUUAUAAACUCAAUUAUUCACCAUAAUAUUACAAUUUCAUUAACCUGAUAAAUAAUUUUCUAUCGACAAAAUGUUUGUAAAUUUAUAUUGUUCUACUAUGAAUAAAACUAUAACAUGCUAUAAUGUCUAGUUGGUUGCCCAUAUUCAAUUAAAUACUGCCAAAAAGCAUUUUAGGUUGAUAGCUCAUCACC